AUUUUAGCUGACUCACUUCUCAGCCAUCUCAACAGAAGAAUUCAUGCAUAUUCAAAAAUAAACAACCGUUUGCUUUUUUUAAAAGGUGACCUUGACAGUACUGUUAAUCUUUCAGAAGUUUAAUUGAAUUCUAUUCAGAGGACAUCAAUACAGAAAUAUUUGAAGAAUGGGUACAAUGGUGCUCACUUUUAAAGCAGGUUUCAGAGUAGCAGCCGUGUUAGUCUGUAUUCGCAAAAAGAAAGGAGUACUUGUGGCACCUUAGAGACUAACAAAUUUAUUUGAGCAUAAGCUUUCAUGAGCUACAGCUCACUUCAUCGGAUGCUUAUAAAGCAGUUUGCCUCCAAGCUGUUAUCACAAGCUCUGCCUACACCACUGCAAAUGAUGAUAAUCAACAUGCAUAAUUUGCAAACAGCAUUUCCAAAUGUCUUUAUUGCACAACGCAUUUACCUGACACUACCAGUCUCAAAGUGCAGUGGUGAAAGGUUUUUGUUUUUUUUUUGUUUUUUUCCAUUUAAAAAGGAUAAAAAGUUCUUUAUGUGCUACAACAGUUCAAGAAAGACUUAACAAUCUCAGGCCUGGUCUACACUAAGCAGUUUUGUUGACAAAACAUGGGAGGUGUACAAAUGGCAGUGCUCCUUCUGCGGACAAAACUCUCCUGCUUUGCCACCAGAAUAAACCUACCUCGAUGAGAGGUAUAGAGCUUUUUGUGGCAAAUUCAUAUUGACAGAGUGUGAGUGUAGACCCCACGCUUGGUUAUGUCACCGUAAAUGGCCUUCAGGAGGUGUCCCACAAUGCCCAUCCUGACCACUCUGAGUCAGCAGUUUGAACUCAGCUGCACUGUACCAAGGCACAUAGGCAUCUGCCCCUCCCCCUUGAAAGCACUGGGAAUUUUUGAAAUUCCACUUCGUUAGCUUGGUAUGGACAUCGCAUCUUCCUAGCUGACUAUGGUUACUCCAUGCAGCUCCCGCUUGGAGCACACCAAAGCUGUGCUGGAUCUGCUGAGUAUGUGGGGAAAGGAAGCUGCAUAGUCCCACCUCCACUCCAGCCACAGGAACUUCGAUACCUACAGGCAAUUUCUCAUGGCUUGUUGGAAAAGGGCUACAAACAGGACAUGCAGCAGUGCCAUGCGAAGAUAAAGGAGCUGAGACAGGCGUACCAGAAGGCAAGGGAGGCAAACCAUCACUCUGGUCCUGCAUUGAAGACCUGCUGCUUCUACAAGGAGCUGGAUGCCAUCCUUCGCAGCAACCCAACCUGCACUGCCACAAGCCCUGUGAAUACUUCGGCGGCGCUGGAGGCAGUGGACUUAACACCAAGGACAAAGUCAUGGAUGAGGAGGUCAAUUUGGAGGAUGAUGUGGAGUACGCAGCAGGGUUGUCUGGUGGUGCAGCAAGUCAGGAACUGUUUUCCGCACCAGAGGGGUCUAGCCAGUCCCAACAGUCCAUCUCUGACACGCAUAAUGCAGGAGAGGAGAGUCUUAAUGUGGCCUUCAGGGCAGCCCCUUACACACUGGCUUGAGUACAUUCCAGAUAAAGAAGCAACCAAGGCAGAGCAAGGAGGACAUUUCAGAGAGGUGUUCCAAUCUUCAGAGGCCAUUGGGGGGAGGGGGGGAAGAAUCAAGGAAGUGGAGAGACACCCUCAAGGAAAAAUUUAAAAUAGAAAGCCGGGACAGAAAGGAGAGUGAGGAGUGAAUUGUAAAGGAUCAGGAGUAGAUGAUUAAAAUGAUGGAGGCGCAAACAAAGAUAUUGUAGUCCCUAAUAAUGCUCCAGGCUGAACGCAUGCAUGCUCGCCACUUCUCCACCUCAGCUGAUACAGAAUGGCUUUCCAUGCCCUCCCCAAACUCCUCCCACACAUUCCAUCUCCGUACCACGUUCACUUCACCCCUUCAUUCAGCUUCUAAAAUGAUAGCUGGACUUACACGUAACAUUGCAGGACAGCGUAGGCUCUCAUAGCUAUGUCCUUUCCCACGAAGCCUUCUGUGGGUGGUGUUAAUUGGUAUUUAAUGUUACCGGAUUUGCCCCUUACUUUGAGGUCUGCUCAUUUAUUAGGGUUACUCUUCUG